AUGGCCUCGCCGUCGCCUCCUCGAGGCCGUUCACCUGCGCGCUCUGCCACUCCUACAUCUGCACGGCGAGUCCCAUCAAGCCACCACAGUCGUUCGCCUACUGCUCGCCGGUCCCCCUCGCCGAGAUCAGGCUCGCGAUCCUAUUCGAGAUCACCGCCACUCAGAGAUGGACGCAAUGGUCAUGGGCGAGCCAGAAGCAACGGUGUCAGUACAUCUCGGAGUAGAAGUCCAAGUCGAGGUGACAGAAGGUCAUAUCGCGAUCGCAGCUACACGCGCAGCCCGAGCAGAGAGAGCCGUCGAGCCCAGAGCUCUAAAAUCGUGGUGGAAAAAUUGACAAAGAACGUCACCGAAGCACACCUGCGCGAGAUCUUUGGGUCGUAUGGCCGCAUCGAGUCAAUAGACCUCCCCCUGAACAAGCAAUUCAUGACAAAUCGCGGUACAGCUUAUAUUCUCUACGAUCAUCCAACUGGAUCAGAAGCUGCAAUAGCACACAUGCACGAAGCACAGUUGGAUGGCAUGGUCAUCUCGGUCAGCAUUGUUCUACCCCGUCGUGCCUUUUCUCGAUCUCCUCCACCAGCCCGGUCCUCAAGACCAGCUCCACCACCUCCGAGCUACAGACCUCCUCCACGGGGACCACCUGGUGCACGAUAUCGCAGCCCACCACCAAGAAGAGGAGGCUUUGGAGGAGGUCACCUUCGCCACCGAGACGACGGAGGCGGUCUCCGUCCUAUUCAAGAUCACCAUCGAGAAGCCCUCCAAGACGUCGCCAACCAUCGGGUCGGAGUCCACCACGCAGAAGGAGAAGAAGUCCAAGCUACAGUUCCAGGAGCAGCUAUAGUCGAAGCCCAAGCAGAUCGAGGAGUCGGCCAAGAUAUCGAGGACGGAGGUAAAGCCGAGAUGCAUCUGGAGGCUGGCGGACGAUACCCCAAGAGAGCCUAG